CCAGUGUGUUUUGUGCGCAUGGAUGCAGUGAUAUGAGGUUGCAGGCUGGCACGGAUGAGAUCUCGGUGAAGGGUGAACGCAGGAAUAAAGACAGAGAGCGAGUGCGAGCGUGAGGGGGAUGCAGUGCACAAGGGCGGAGCUUAGCAUCAGGCAAUACCCCGUCUGAUUCUCUCUCUCUCUCUCCAUCUCUGAUCUCUGUGCGCUGACGCCGGUGAACACAUCUGUCCGUCUCUCUGUCCUUCACCAGCGCCUCCGUCUUUCUUCUGGAAUAUUCUGAGCCACAGGAAGCGCAGGGAAUUGUGGGUCUGAUCGGUGUGUGUGUGUGUGUGUGUGUGAGGUGGUGAAACACACGCUGGUCUCGGCCGAGGGAAGGAUGGUUUUGCCGGAUGGUUUUGCGGCGGUUCUCAUCCGAGUGCGUAUCUCCCGGGCAACCGCGCCAUGAGCCGGACCAACCGCGUCUCCUGCUCAAUGCUCAACUGCUUCGGUGAGGAGGGGCCGCCCAGUCUGGAGUACAUUCAGGCCCGGGACCUGUUCCCCCAGAAAGAGCUGGUCAAAGAAGACGACGCUCUACAGGUCCCGUUCCCUGUCCUGCAGGGCGAGUGGGUCGAGUUCCUGGGCCGUGCGGACGACGAUAUCAUCGCCAUCUCCAACUACAGACUUCACAUCAAAUUCAAAGACUCCAUCAUCAACGUUCCUCUGAGACUGAUUGAGGGCGUUGAGAGCAGAGAUAUGUUUCAGCUGCACAUCAUAUGCAUGAAUGUGAAUGUUUCCUGCGUCAGGUGUCAUUUCUCGACGUUCAAGCAGUGUGAGGAGUGGCUGAAGCGCUUGAACAGAGCCAUAGCACAUCCGGCCCGUCUGGAGGAGCUGUUUGCGCUGGCAUAUCACGCCUGGUGUUUAGGAGGAAACACGGACGAUGAAGAGCAGCACCUGCACCUGUGCAGACCAGGUGAUCACGUGCGGCACAGGUUGGAGGUGGAGGUGAAGCGGAUGGGAUUCGACAUGCAGAACGCCUGGAGAGUGUCUGAUAUCAACAGCAACUACAAGUUGUGUUCGAGUUACCCACAAAAACUGCUGGUGCCCGUCUGGAUCACAGAUAAGGAGCUGGAGAGCGUGGCCUCCUUCAGGUCCUGGAAGAGGAUUCCUGUGGUGGUGUACAGGCACCAGCGUAAUGGGGCGGUCAUCGCCCGCUGCAGUCAGCCGGAGAUCAGCUGGUGGGGCUGGAGGAACACCGAGGACGAGUAUCUGGUGACGUCUAUAGCGAAGGCCUGUCAGCUGGACGCUGGGCCGAGGGCCUGCAGGACCAGAGGAGACGGACCGGACUCUUCUGACAGUGACUUCGAGUACUAUCCCAACUGUGAGGUGAUGUUUAUGGGCAUGGCCAAUAUCCACUCCAUCAGAAACAGCUUUCAGUCACUCAGAGCCGUUUGCAGUCAGAUCCCGGAUCCUGGCAACUGGCUCUCGGCUCUGGAAAGCACCCGUUGGCUGCAGCAUCUGUCUGUCAUGCUGAAGGCCGCGUCUCUGGUGUGCUCUGCGGUGGAGCGGGAGGGAAGGCCGGUGCUGGUGCACUGCUCAGAUGGCUGGGACCGGACGCCGCAGAUCGUGGCCCUUGCAAAGAUCCUUCUGGAUCCCUUCUACAGGACCAUAGAGGGUUUUCAGGUGCUGGUGGAGACGGAGUGGCUGGAUUACGGUCAUAAGUUUGCGGACCGCUGCGGUCAUCAGGAGAGCGGUGAGGAUGUGAGUGAACAGUGUCCCGUGUUCCUGCAGUGGCUGGACUGUGUUCAUCAGCUCCUCAAGCAGUUCCCCUGCCUCUUCGAGUUCAACGAGGCCUUUCUGGUGAAGCUGGUUCAGCACACUUACUCCUGUCUGUAUGGCACCUUCCUGUGCAAUAACGCGAAAGAGCGCGAGGCCCGUAACGUGUAUAAAUGCACCUGCUCCGUCUGGUCGCUCCUCCGAAACGCCAACAAGAACUUCCAGAACUUCCUCUACAUCCCCUGCCAUGAUACGGUUUUGCAGCCGGUCUGUCACACGCGAGCGCUGCAGUUGUGGACGGCUGUGUAUCUGCCGUCGUCCUCGCCGUGCACUGCGGCUGAAGAUGCCAUGGAGAUCUACCUGAGCCCUUCGGCCGGAGGAGAGGAGUUCAGCUCGCGCUCCCUCGACAGGCUCCCCAAAACACGGUCGAUGGACAACUUGGUGUCUGCUUGUGAGAACGGCGUGACGCUCACCCGCACCUCGAGUGACCCCAACCUGAACAAGCACUGCCAGGAGGGACGUCCGGCGCUGGAGUCCAACCAACCCGCGGCCAUCCAGAGCCACAGUUCUUCCGAGGACCCACCAAUCGCCGGAUCGGUCGGCGCUGAGCCGACGUGUGAGGAAACUCAUGAGGACGAUUUGAGGGCGGAGCCUUGUUUGACAACCCAGCCUCUGCCGUAUUUGCCCCACCCCUUAGCGUUAGAUCAAGCCCCGCCCCUUCCGGUUAUAAACCAAGCUCUGCCUCAAAUUCCAAAUUGUUUAGUCAGGACUGCAGAAAACACAAAUCCGCCUCCUCUUUGUAACGGCUUUGCACACGUAGAAAACGCUAGCGGAUCUGUGAACUCUGAAGCGAUUGCGCCAUUGGAGGCGUCAGUGGAGACGCUAACAGAGCAAAGCGAGAUCCCUCCUUCUGGGAAAGCCACCGCAGUCGAAUCGCACCUUCCUUUCGAAGCGCCGCUACGAAACGGCGAACUGGUUCCCACGAGAGAACGGCCACCACCCGCCGAUUACGCCAAAGCAGCGCGCCGUUUGAUUUCCCAAAGCCAGCUGACGGAGCUAUCGCUACUAGGUUCCCAAUGGGACAGCGUCCAAGGCCUGGUCCAGUCGGCCUGCGGCGGCGCCAUCCAACAUGGCAGCUAUCACGGCCGCCGACUGGCGAACAAGCUCCUCCGCGGCCGAGGCGGAAGCGCUAACGGCGGGCCGUGUUGUCGUCGAGACCCUCUGCGUGCUCCUGGAAGUCCCAUCCAAUCGGGUUGGUUCUCUGCGGUGAAGAACUCAAGCUACGCCGCGCUUUGUUCCUCGGCGGCGUCUUCGCUAGCAAUGGGACCGUCCUUCCGGCAGCUGCUCCCGUCGCAUUCCUCGGCCUCCUGCAGCGGCUCUCCGGCUCCGGCGCACCUGGACGACGACGGCCUGCCGGUGGCGGUGGACGCGGUGCAGCAGCGGCUGCGGCAGAUCGAGGCCAGUUACAAGCAGGAGGUGGAGGUGUUGAGGCGGCAGGUUCGACAGCUUCAGCUCAAACUGGAGAGUAAACAGUUCUGCACGCCGCCCUCCGAACCUGACGUCGACUACGAGGACGAUAUCACGUGUCUGCGUGAGUCGGACGGCAGUGACGAGGAAGACUCUCUGUCCAAUCACAGCGAGGAUGGCUUCAGCGUGGGCAGCUGGGACCGUGUGGAGAGGAAGGACACAGAGGUCACCAGAUGGGUGCCGGAUCACAUGGCUUCUCACUGCUUCAACUGCGACUGCGAGUUCUGGAUUGCCAAGCGACGGCAUCACUGCAGGAACUGUGGGAACGUGUUUUGUAAGGACUGCUGCCACCUGAAGCUGCCCAUCCCAGACCAGCAGCUGUACGACCCGGUUCUGGUGUGCAACACCUGCUUCGACCUGCUGCUGGAGUCCCGCACGCGAGAGCUGCGCUCGCAACAGCUGAAGAAAGCCAUCGCCACCGCCUCCAGCUGAGACGGCCAAUCACAGCGCGCCACACAUGCCGGCGUCCAAUCAGACGCUCUCUGCCUCCUUCCCCCCCGGCAACCGCGAGACCAGGGCGAUUUAGAGUCCAGCUCUGAGACUGAUCCACACGCGGAACGAGAUGGAGGAAAUCCAACAAACGAGCGCGGUUUGCGAUGGAGGGCCGUUUUUAUCUCUGCAAGUGAACUCCAAGCUUCUCUGGUUGAGGCCAGAACUGAACCCAAAGGGUCCUUGGGUUCAAAAAAACCCCCAAAGAGAGGUGUUUCUUCAUCUCAAAUGCACCACACACAGCGGACAAUUGCCUCCUUCCCUCAAACCCAGCGUCUAUCGAGAGGCUCACUAUUUAAAACCAACCAAGCUGCUACAGUAUUUAAAAACUUCUCUAUCCUUAUUAUUUUGUGCACUACGGAGGGGGUUCGAGACCAAAACGGAGAGAUCUGCAGCUGUUUUCUCGCUGUGAAGCUUGAAUGUACAAUUGUUUGGGUUAUUCUAAUUUUUGGGGAACUGGAGGGAUUUGCGGGGGCAGUUACGGAAUGAAAGCUGCCGGUUUGCAUUGAUUUGAUCGCAGUUUUGUGCACAGAGCACGACCUAUUUCGUCUUUCAGCCGCUCCCGUCAAAACCGAGCUUUAGCUGAACUGUGAAAUGGUUUCACUCUCGUUUGAUGUGAAAUACACGACUUUAAAUGCCAAAAUCAACCUCGAAUUCCAACAUGUCAAUAAUAUAUAAACAAAAUCACUGCUCAGUUCAUGUUUAAUCUGGCUGGUUGUGUGUUUGUUGCAGGAAACGCAAGAAAAAAAACAGCAAGCUGAACAUUUCUGCUGUAUGUUGUGUACGUUAUGGUAAAACUAGCUGCUCCGUCUAUGUUAGCGUGUUUCUAUCACUUCAUCUGAACAAACCAGUGAUGAUAAUUAAUAUUUGAAUCAUACAAACGGAAACCGGUGAAUCACUUGAAAGGACUUUUGUAUUGGAGGGCUCAUGAUCUCAACAGCAUUACAUGUGCUAGGAUUUCUUUUUCAUGUCGUCUGCGUCUUCGGCUCUACAUUGAUUGUGUUUUGUUAACGGUGAACCUCUCAACAGUGCCACGUGUUUGAUUUUCUUAUGGAUUCACUGAUUUGUAAGUUUAACAUGUUCAAUGGUACAAUAGCUAGAGGCUUAACAACGAGAAGAUGAUUUGUUGAGAAUCGAUGAGGUUAAAAACACUGAGAACCCGUUUGAUUUUUCUUCCCCGUGGUGCUGAUGAAGGACACUUUUUUUUUAGUUAAAUGCAUUAAAAAAGGAACCCAGAAAUGUGAUGUAUAGUUAUUUGGUCUGUAAUAGUGGCUACAAUUUGUCACUUAGUGAAUAAUUGUUGUAAAGAAAUGCACUGUACAAGUUCAAUCCCAUGGGUUAAAUAAAAAGAUACGUCUUUAUCA